AUGUCAAAAGAAGAGAAAGAUUCAAAUAUCUGGGUUCAAGAUUCAAUAUCGGAGAUUUCAGAUUCUGAGUCUACCAUAUCGUCAAAGACUAUUGAUUUUACUAAAGAAGAUAUUGAACAAGCAAAUGAAAUAUUCUUUCAUGACAGUAAACUAAGCUCUACCUUAAAUGCUAGAAUCAUAACUAUGAUCUCCUUAGUUGGAGUUAUAGGUACAGGGUUAUUUUUAUCAUCAGGUGGUACUUUAGCAACAACAGGUCCGGUUGGAAUGAUACUAGCAUAUUGUUUAGUUGGUACAGUUGUAGCAGCAUCUUUAAUGUCAGUUGCAGAAGUUUCAUGUUUAUCACCCAACGAAGCAUCUUAUGUAUCUCAUGCUGAGCAUUUUGUUCAUAAGUCUUUGGGAUUUGUUAUUGGUAUAUGUGAUAUUUAUGCAAAUAUUAUUCCUAACGAAUUAGCUGCUGUUUCAGUUUUAAUGACUUAUUGGACAAAUUUAAAUCCUGCUAUAUUUGUUACAGUUUUUGGUAUUACUAUUAUAGUUGUCAAUGGGUAUAAUGUUAAAUGGUAUGGUGAAAUUGAGUUUUACUUUGGUAUAAUUAAGAUUUUAUUAUGUGUUGGAUUAAUUUUAUUGGGUUUGAUAAUUGAUUUGGGUGGUAUACCUGGAGAUAGUGAUCGUAUUGGAUUUCGUUAUUGGAUUGAUCCUGGACCGUUUGCUGCAAGAUAUGCUACUGGUUCUUUGGGAAAAUUUUUAGGUUUCUGGAAAUCUGUCAACUCGGUAGUUUAUGCAUUUAGUGGUAUACAAAAUAUUACAUUAUUAGCUGGUGAGAUUGAUUAUCCUAGGAGAUCCAUUUAUCGAGCUUCAAAAAGAGUAUUUUUGAGAGUAUUUGUAUUAUACAUCACAAUGGUUUUCAUUUUAUCAAUGAUUGUGCCUCAUAAUGAUCCACUUAUUGCUGAAUCAAAUGGAACUGCAAGUGGAAGUCCAUGGGUGAGAGCUAUAACAUUAGCAGGUAUAAAAGUUUUACCAAGUAUAGUGAAUGCAGUUGUUUUGACCUCGGCAUUAAGUUCUGGAAAUUUACAAGUUGUCAAAGCUAGUAGAACUAUUUACGUAUUAGCUUCUAAAAAACAAUUGCCUAAGAUUUUUUUACGAGUUAACAAACAUGGUUUACCAUAUAUUGCAGUUGGUUUUACAUGUGCUUUCCUUCCAUUAGCUUACAUGGCAUCAAGUAGUUCAUCAUCAACUGUGUCUUCAUGGUUUUCAAAUGUCAUAUCAGCAAAUACGCUAUUUAGUUGGAUUGUUAUGAGUAUUAAUCAUAUUGCAUUACAUAGAGCAUUGAAAGCCCAGGGCUUCACUAGAAAAGAUUUACCAUAUACUUUUUUGGGUAAAUAUGGUGAAUUUUGUGGAUGGUAUUCAUUAUUUUUUGCAGUUUUAUUUUUAAUAACUGGAGGGUUUCCAAUUUUCAUACACGGAUAUUGGGCGUUUUCAACCUUAUUCAGUGCUUACUUCAUAAUUCCAUUAGCUUUAAUACUUUUUGUAUUUGCUAAAUUGGUAUUUAAAUCAAAAUAUAUUAGACCCAAUGAAGUCAGAUAG